ACUUUUCAAACUUAUAAUUGAACCAAAAAAUUAAGGGGCUGUACAUCUGCUUUGGCCUUGAUUUCGUUGUUGUUCGUUUAUUUUUCCAAUUCCAGCCAAAGAGAACCAGAAAUUGCCUCCUAAAACAAAAACACAAAACUAGAUUUUCUUAAUAUUAAGAGAAUUGGAAGAAUCGGAAAUGAAUGUGAAGUAUUUUGCUGUUCUAUUUUGAUCCGCUUAAGUGUUGUUUGUUUGGUUAAUUUGAUUGUUGACGAUUUUUAUGAUUUAUUGUAAGUGUAAUUUGGGUGUUUAGAUUACUUGGUUAAGCUGAUUUUCGUGUUUAGUUUGGAGAUUGAUAAUUUUCUGUUGUUUCUGAGGGUCAAUUUGAGCUCAUUCAGUGUUUAUGAGCUGGUAAUUUGAGUUGGUUUGUUUCUACGUGGUACCCCUAGGGUAAAGUUCGUUGGUUCUUGGGUAUUCAACAGUGACUUCAUUUUCCCCCUCCGUAGUUGUGCGAAUUAAAUCAGCUCAAAGAGAGGGGAUAGGGAAUUUUGUUACGUUUGGCAAAGCUUUUGUGCAACUACAUAAACUAAAUAUUAUUCUUAAGUCUCGUGUUUACAUAUUUUUGACCAAUUCAAUGAAUCUGAAGCCCAAUUGUUCAAAAUCUGCAUUUGUGUGUCCUAAGUUUCUAACUCUUACUGUCUAGUUUGAUGAAGAUGCUUCAUUGAAUUUCUUAAUUGGAACAUGGGAGAUACCUAAGGAAUUUGGGGAAAAAAUCAGAAAUUAUACUGUUUAAAAAGGUUCAAGUUGCUGUGUCUGUGUGGGGAACUGCCUCAUGACGUCUUCUGUGCAUGAACUAUCUGAUAGCAGUGAAACUGAUGAGCAGCAAAGGCAUUCAGAAUCCAAGAUACAUUCCUCUUCUCCUGCAAGUGGAAUAUCUCACCCUGGCAUCACAAACCCAGUGCCCUACACAACUCAACUUGGAGCUGGCCAUGCUAUGGGGCCAGCACCUUACCCAUAUCCAGAUCCUUAUUAUAGAAGCAUAUUUGCUCCCUACGAUGCACAAUGUUAUCCUCCGCAGCCUUAUGGUGGACAACCAAUGGUCCACCUUCAGUUAAUGGGAAUUCAGCAAGCUGGAGUUCCUCUGCAGUCAGAUGCAGUUGAGGAGCCUGUGUUUGUUAAUGCAAAACAAUAUCAUGGUAUCUUGAGACGUCGACAGUCUCGUGCAAAGGCUGAAUCAGAGAAUAAAGCUAUAAAGUCUCGGAAGCCUUACUUGCAUGAAUCUCGGCAUUUGCAUGCAUUAAGAAGAGCCAGAGGAUGUGGGGGUCGGUUUCUCAAUUCAAAGAAAUCUGAUAACAAACAAAUGGAGGCAGCAUCAGAUGACAAAUCACAGCCCAAUAUCAAUCUCAACUCUGAUAAAACUGAACUUGCUUCCUCAGAUGGCACAUCCUAAUUCCCAAGAGGACCAAGAGCUCAUGGAAAUGGCCCAACAAACAGCAAUCCAUCUGUUAUGGCCACAGGAGACAUUCCCUCACCAGUUGUAAAUUAAUUGUCCUGAUAUUUGCUUCAAGCCAGCAGAAUACUUGGCAGUAUAAUAAAUAGGUACCGUAGUACUAGGUCCCCUAGGUAGAAGUUUGCAAAGAUGAAGUAGAGAAUAUAUAUUUUAGUGCCCUCAUAUCGUGCUAUCUUCUUGAGAGCAGAAUUCUUUGAAACCUUAGCUCUUGUUUUCCGGAGGGAGCCAUGGUUAAGUUUAGUUUGCUGUGUGUGCAUUUCUUUGCACUUAGUAUUUUUAAUGACAUUAGGUCAGUGUAAAAUUAGGCUUUGGUGUUGCUGUGUAGUAUUAUUUUAUAACUUAUUUGUUUAACUUGGAUGGAUAUAAGUGAGAAAUGUUUUUACUUGUUUUUCUUA